AUGCGAAGGGUACCGGCGAGAUCGCCGGUGGGCCUCCCACGGGAGCCAGCAAGCGGCGUUCGCUAUGCAUCUGGACUGGAGGCCGUGAAGGCGCGCAUCAAGACGGUCAAGAACAUCAAGAAGAUCACGUCGGCCAUGAAGCUUGUUGCUGCCUCCAAGCUCCGCGUUGCACAGACGGCCACGGAGGCCUCGCGGGGACUCGCGACGCCGCUCACGAAGCUCAUCGGGGACCACCCUUCGCUAGAGUCGUCGAAGUGUUUGACGAUGGCGGUGACCUCCGACCGCGGCCUGUGCGGCGGCAUCAACAGCACCGUGUCCAAGUACACCCGCGCGGUAUCUAAGAUGGAUGGGAUGGGCGAGGACCACCGGCUGGUCGUUGUCGGCGAGAAGGGCCGCAGUCAGCUGCAGCGCGACCUCGGCAAGCAGUUUGCCAUGAGCAUCACCGACACCGCCAAGACCAAGCUGACGUUUGCGUCCGCGGCGAUGAUCGCGGAGGAGGUGCUCAAGGAGGAGCCGGAGGUCGUGCGGAUGAUCUUCAACCGCUUCGUGUCCGCGAUCUCGUACAAGCCCACGGUCGCCACCGCCCUCGGCCCCGUGCAGAUGCAAGAGGCGCUGGCCGCCACGGGCAAGAUCCAGCAGUACGAGAUGGAGGGCCCGGAGACGGAGGAGGAGCUGUGCCGGGACCUGGCCGAGUUCCAGAUGGCGACGCUGGUGUUCAACUCGCUGCUGGAGAACAACUGCAGCGAGAACGCGUCGCGCAUGUCGGCCAUGGAGUCGUCUACGAAGAACGCGUCCGAGAUGAUUGACAAGCUGUCGCUGUCGUACAACCGGGCGCGUCAGGCCGCCAUCACCACCGAGCUCAUCGAGAUCAUCUCCGGUGCCGCCGCGCUCGAGGGCUAG